AUGUCUCUUGAUGCUUUUUUGGGUGACCAAGGAAUUCAUGUGGAAAGAGAAGAGGAACAUAAUGAAGUUCCAACUACUGAGGAUGCUAGAUCUAGGCCAUCCCCGAAUAAUGGAGAAAAUGUUCAUAUCCCCUUUGAGGAAGAUUAUAUUGGUGAACAUGAAAGUGACAAUUUUGAUGUAGAAGGAGAUCAAGUUAUGGAAGAGGCUCAUGUAGAAGAUACUUCAAAGGUUAAAAAGACUCGUGGAAAAACAAGAUGCCUAAAGAUUUAUGCAAGAACUUGGGAAGAAAGGGAGGAAGUGACUUUUGAUCAGGGAGCAGCCGUGGGGCCAACAGCUCAAAGAGCGAAGGAUUUAACUAAUUUUAUUGGAACAAUGGGAAGGAAUAGUGAUUUUAUUACCUUGAUGUACACUAAUUGGAAAGCUGUGCCUAAGCAAAUCAAAAAGCGCAUUUGGAAGUAUAUUAAUUCAAAGUUCAUUCUUCCAAAAUCUUCAAAGUUAUGGGUGAUGACUGGUGUUCAAGGAGCAUGGAAGCGUUACAAAACAAGAAUAAAAAAGAAGCAUUUUGAACCAUAUUCUGGAAAUAUUGAGGAUAUGUUGGUGAAUCGUCCUUUAGAAAUUCCAAAAAUACAAUUUCGGAAGCUAAUUGCAUAUUGGAGUAUUCCAACUGUCAAAGCCAUGUGUGUUAUAAAUUCUAAAAAUCGCAAGAAGCAACAAUGGAGGCAUAAAAUGGGCCCAAUCAAUUUUGCAAGAGUGCGUGUUGAUUUGCGUGAGAAAAAAGAGAACAAAGAGGAACCAAAUCAAGCUGAAAUGUUUGUUACAACUCGGAAUGGACUAAAAGGGAAAACACUUGAUGUAGAAACACAAGCUGUUAUUGAUAAACUUGAUGAUCUCCAAGAAGCUGGAGAAACUCCUACUAAUGCAUUUCAAAAAGUUUUUGGUAAAGAGAAUCCAGGAAGAGUUCGAUGUUAUGGAAGAACUGUUACAAAAACUUCUCUUAAGAAAAAUAAAGAAAUAUAUGAAAUCAAAAAACAAAGUGAAGAGAAGGUAACAACUUUAAAAACUGAAUUAGACGACCAUAAGCAACGACUGCAAGAAUUGGAAGAUAUUGUGAAACUUAUGUUGCAACAAACUUCUCCUGGUAUGAAUGUUGAUGAAGUGCUUUCUCUCUUGCGAUCUAAGCAAUCGUCUGCAAAUAGUGCACAAGAUCCAAAUUUAGUUCCUCGGCAUUCUCCUCCAUCGACUCAUAUACCAAAUCAUGAAUAG